UCAGUGGGAGUCAGUCGUCGUCGCGCGUCCGUUUGGUUUGCACCGAGUUUACGUCGAUCUAGUGUAACCAACGUACCACGAACUCAUACGCCCCUCACAGAGCUCAAAAUCAAAUUGUGCGCGUUGUUCGAGUUUCCUGCGAGACGCCGAGAAAUAUGUGCCGGGCAUUUAGAUCGUACCUUCUAGGUGGCUUAAUACUGAUAGUCUCCGGCGUGCUCGCCACGGCGGCCACUUCCGAGGAAAUAUCCUCCGACUUCGAGACCGUUCACACGAGCAACGCGGCCGUUUUAAACCGGCUUGGGCUGUCACCUCUCGAAAUACCCGAUGGGCAUCACAAGAAGCGAUUGGCCGGGCCCGAGCCACCGGGAUUCAGCUCGCAAACACGCAUUCAUCAGCCCUAUAGCCGUCGUCAUGGACAUCGGGACAGCCACGUUUACAUUGUGAAACUUCCGGCCAGUCCUCCGUACUACACCUUCUUAAAACCGCACAAAGCGCCCGUGAAAGACGACAAGGUAACGAAGACCGGCGAUCUGACGUUGCACGAGUUUUUAGGAUUCCAUGGGAACGGUAAACCGAACAAGAUCUACCACUGGAACUUGCCGGUAGUCAAGAAGAUAACGGAGAAGAAGCGUCUACAGAAUCAACUGAGGAUUGAUCAGGCUAGGAGAAAGUUCGAGGACAUGAAGAAACGACAGCAGCUGACCCCGGGCAAGCUCUAUCCUCUCGAUACCAUCGGCAAGAAUCACGAUUACCACGGCGCCGACAACAGGCUGCAUUCGCAUCAGAAAUUGCCGGCGACGAAGCACGUGAGGAACAACGACAAGAGGCUCCGUUACUCCGACAGCAAAGAAGCCAACGGCAAACUCUUCGAGCCGACCAACAGAAACGGCAACGAUGUCGCCAAUAAGGCGUACAGGCUCGACGACUCGAGCAUGCACAAGAUCCGGUUGACCAAUGAGCUUCACGGCUUGCCGGGGAACACCGUGCCGAAGAUAAAGAAACAUCGGAAGAAAGCCGCCAUGUCGUAUUACGCGCCGAUCGCCACCAAGACAGGUCCCACCAGUAUCCACAAGAACUUCCCGAGUCCCGGAAACGGCAAGCCCAAGGCCUUCUAUGUCAUGGAGAAGAGUCGCAAGCCUGUGUACUAUCAUCCUCUUCUACCUUAAUCGCCGACCAGUUCGUCGACUAUAACUGUGCACAAUCGGUGUGAUGUCUUAAGUGGCCCGCGAGCCUGUUAGCCUAAGUAGACUCGUACUACUCUGUUUGUACAGGAUCAGGGGUCGCAGUUCUAGUAGACAACGACAAGAGACAUAGAAGAAAAAACAAGAAAGAAGCUGGAAGAAAAAGGAAAGAAAGCAAGAGAGAGGCAAGGAGAGAGAGAGAGAGAGAGAGAGAGAGAGAGAGAGAGAGAGAAACAGAGACUUUCAUAACUAUCAUACACAUACAUAUAUAUAUAUAUAGAUAUAUAUAUAUCGCAUAUGGUCGUUCUUAUUCAAGGCCGCGCGCAUCCUGCAAAUUGUUCCAAUUUCGUUAUGAAUGUACAUCGUUAUCAUUUCCACGCAAAUAGAGCGUACCGAUAAGAAUGAAUGUUACGAAUGCAAAUAUAAAUCUCAUCUCGCGUAGUGCGACUCGUCGAGCGUGUGUGUAAUCCGUUCUUUCGCGUAUAACUGGUGAUUUCACGACGUUACGGGAGACAAGGUCCGCUUUCGGAAUCGCGAGGAAACCAAAGAUGACAUUCGUAUUUGCAUUGUUGAGUAACCGAAUUUAUGCUUUAUGAAGCGGCACGUGGAUGAGGAGGUAUGUUUUCACGAGAGUUGCGCGUCAUGUCUGUAGACGGCAAGUUGUCCCACCCUUUUUGUCUUGCCACGAUGUUAAGUCAACGGCGCGAUGAGAAUACCGAGUUUAAUCUGUCCUUGAGUCGCCUUUCGUCAAACUUGAGGCAACAAUGGAAAAUGUCUAUGUAUGCGUGAGUCGUUCGAAAAAUACGUGACUUAAUAUAGAAAUAGUGCGAAUUUAGUCAAAUCCAUAUUGACAUAUUUUAGAGCUUUUUUUCUUCUAAUUCUGGUAGAUAUUCCACUAAACUUUCAGCUUUCCUCGAGGUUAUUUAUAACUAUGUGAUUUAUGAUUUUGUCUUCAACUUUUCUAAAAUAAAAUCUUUUUUAUCCCUGG